ACAUAUACACACACACACACAGACACCAGACUCACAGUGGAGCUUCCACCAGCUGCGACAGUCAACUAUCGCAGUUGUUUACUCCAGUUCUUUUCCUCUAUUGAGCAAGUCGCUUCAGACUCUGUGAAUAUUUCUUUUUCCUCCCCAACCGCGUAUAUAUAUUUUUGUACCAAAAAAAAGGACAAAGAUCUGAUUUGGAAAGAAAAUUCGAUUUAACAGUUGAGCUUCGUAGCUAGGAAAAGAAGUGGAAUAGUCUCUGGAUGGCGUGAUAUCGAUACAUAGUGACUAUUUAUAAUGUUUUAUGUUUAAGGAAAAUUUUCGUUUGGUUUAUUCAGGAAUUAACAGGAAUUAAGUCACAUCGAGCGACUCGUUGGGCAACUCCACCGCCAAACAAUAGGCGUUUUUGUGUAGCUGCUAAAAAGCUAUCACACAAAGCCAGCUAGCACAGCCUUGCUAGCUUUAGCUCAGCUCGAGUUUAGCUAGACAGACUACGCUAAUCAGCAGGCGGUGUCUCAAUUCCCCUUGUACUCAACUUUAUUUUUUUCAGAAAUGGCUCAGAACAACAGUUCACACGUCGCCAGCUCUCAGAAAGCGCUAAUGCUUGAAAUGAAAAGCCUUCAGGAAGAACCCGUGGAGGGCUUCAAAAUCACCCUGGUGGACGAGGCAGAUCUCUAUAACUGGGAAGUGGCCAUUUUCGGACCUCCAAACACACUCUAUGAAGGGGGUUACUUUAAGGCACGUAUCAAGUUCCCCAUCGACUACCCCUACUCCCCCCCAGCCUUCAGAUUCUUCACGAAGAUGUGGCACCCAAACAUUUAUGAGAAUGGUGACGUGUGUAUCUCUAUCCUCCACCCUCCGGUAGACGACCCACAGAGUGGUGAGCUGCCAUCAGAGAGGUGGAACCCAACACAGAACGUCAGAACCAUCCUGCUGAGUGUCAUAUCCUUGCUGAACGAGCCCAACACUUUUUCUCCCGCAAACGUGGACGCCUCCGUGAUGUACCGCAAGUGGAGAGACAGCAAAGGAAAGGACAGAGAGUACGCAGAGAUCAUUCGGAAGCAGGUUCUGGCCACUAAAGCAGAAGCCGAGCGAGACGGUGUGAAAGUUCCCACUACGCUGGCUGAGUACUGUGUGCGCACGCGUGCCCCCGCUACAGACGAGGGCUCUGACUUGUUUUACGAUGAUUACUAUGAUGACGAGGACUUGGAGGACAAUAACGACGAGGACUGUUGUUACGACGAAGACGACUCAGGAAACGAGGAAUCGUGACCCCAUCACCCACCACCGUCACCAUCCUCCUCACCACCACCGUUUCCCCUCCAAAACUUCGAGAAGCUGUCGCAUGCACCUUGUAUUUACUUUUCCUUUUGAAAAUGAUAUAUUUUAGGGUUUUUUUUUGUUUCCUGCCUAGUUAAAAAAAAAAAAAAAACAUUUCCCCCUCUGGUAUUUGUUGAAAUGAGUUUUUUCUUUUUUGUUUCCUCUUUUUCGUUUCUUAUCCUUUUUUUUCCUUUUUUUUUUUUCCUAUAUUCUUGCGCUAUAGAAGCUUUGUCAAAACGGCUCAAUAAUAGAACAACUAUAAAAUGGGUGAAAAGGAGAUUUACUGUGCAUGUUGGCAUAGUGGCGUUUUUAUUACACAGUGCUGCUCCCUUCAGCCACUAUUUCCUUUUUCCUGAAAGAGCUCUAAUUAAGGAUCAUCUGCAAGUCCAACCAGUUCAGCAAUAAAAUGCAUUUUGCAUACUUACAUGCUCCAGAGGCAAGGCGUAAGAACGGAAUACAACAGAAUCACGUCUCAUCCGUGCCACUUGCGUUCCACGACUGUUCUGCUCGAACACAUUAGAUUUUUAUGCACAGAUGCGCUUGAGCGGGAAAAAAACUCCGCACUGUGGACCACUGUGGGUCAAAGAUUGGAAUUUUGUUUUGCGCGCCUGUAGAGUGAUUUAUCAGCGUUAGGGAAAUGAUCGUUUGGUUUGAGAGAGAAACACUUGGCUAUGGUGUGUGUGUGUGUGUGUGUGUGUGCGUGCGUGCGUGCGUGUGCACGUUCGCCCUGCAGAGGCCUACACCCCGACUACCACUAUGUAAGAUUCUGUGCAUUAAUUAAAUAUGGUGGUGUUUUAACCUCAAAUUGUAACUAUAGAUUUCCUUAAGUCCUGUGAUCGUGUGCAUCCGAGCAAGGGUUUGAAUCUGACGUUAAAAUGGAAGGAGGAUCAAUAUAUGUUUCUUUCGGUCGAGCUGAAAUUUUUUUUAUUUUGUGAUGCCAAUAUCGUGUCACUCCCUCACAAAUUACAUUUAAUCUAACUAGGUUUUUAUUCAUAGAGAAUGUAUUUUUUUGACUGCAAUGUAAAUUCCUUCAUUUGGGGCUACUAGGGUGUGUUUUGAUAUUUUUUUUUUUUUCUUCAAUUUUCUAGUUCAGUAAAAUUAUAAAAUGUCUGCAUUAAUUUACUUUCAUGCCUUUUGGAGCAUUUUGUGGACUGAAGAGGGCUUUUAACAUCAGCAUUGACCAGUUUAAUUAAUUCGAUGUGAGCUCAUUUUAAUUGACUCUCAGGACAAAGCAAACAGGGGGAAAAAAAAAAUUCAAUAAAAAAAAAAAAAAACCCUUCCACAGCAUCACCAACCUUCUCGUGAGUUUCUCCAGUCUAUCAAUUCUGUUUUUGAAGGCGGUUUACAAUCUUAAACCUUGAGGCUGAUGUGCACAUGUGAGUAUGUGGCUGAUCAUUUUACUGACCUGUAUGUAUUUUUAUGGUUUGUUGGCCUAUUUAAAAACUGAAAAAUAAAAAAAUCUUUAUUAGAA